AUGAAUAAAAUUUAGGAAUCAUAAAAUUAUUUUGAUAAGGCCAUUAGUCUAGAUCCUAAAAUUUCAGAUUAUUAUUUUGGCAAAGGUGUAUUUAACUAUGUAUAUUUCUUAGCGAUUGCUCUAAGUUAAAUGAAUAAUUUUGAAGAAACAAUACAUUCUUGCUUUUUGAUCAAUCAAACAAGGCCAAAAAAAAAAGAUUAUAAAAAUUUUGAAGGUAAAAUUACUCUAAAUUUUUAAUAGCCAUUGCUCUAAAUUAAUUGGAUAAAUUGAGAGAAAUAUUGAAAUUUUUUAAUUCUGCAAUUAGUAUAAACCCUUAAAAUUAAUUGUAUCAAGAUUUUUAAAGUAAAAUUAAUUUUGAAUAUUUAAAUAGAGUAGAUGUUAGAUAAAAAGAAUCGUUUGGAUAUAGCAAUUUAAUAUUUGAACAGUCGUUAAUUUAAUAAGUUAUGA